CCUCUGAUUUAGAGAAAGCUUAGAGAAACUGGAAAUCCUCAAAUUGAGAAAGAAAAAAUAUUGCCCAAGAAAAAAGUUCUUCUCCUCUCCUCUCCUCUCCUCUCCCCCAAUUUAAUCUGGUAAAAUUGGUGAGGAAACCCUACCAGGGAAUGCAGAGAGAUGAUAAGAUCGCCGGUUUCUAACCCCCAAUUAGGCGGCGGAAGGGCCAAGAAACCGCUCACCAGCGGCCGUAACUGCCACCGCAAACACGUCGAAGACGGGUGAAACCGCCUCCACUAACCACCACCACUAGUGAACAGCUUCUGUUUGUUUCCUUUAGCAGUCUAGUCUAGUAAGUAUAUAAAUCCUCUAGUUUUCUAAAAAACAUGACGAUUGCGUCGGAAGAGAAGUGCAGCGGCGUGCUCCACGGCAAGUACGAGCUCGGGCGCCUCCUGGGCCACGGCACGUUCGCGAAGGUGUACCACGCGCGGCACAUGCAGUCGGGGCGGAACGUGGCGAUGAAGAUCGUGGGGAAGGAGAAGGUGAUCAAGGUCGGCAUGAUGGAUCAGGUGAAGCGCGAGAUCUCCGUCAUGAAGAUGAUGCACCACCCCAACAUCGUCGAGCUCCACGAGGUGAUGGCCAGCAAAUCGAAGAUCUACUUCGCCAUGGAGUACGUCCGCGGCGGCGAGCUCUUCGCCAAGAUCUCCCGCGGACGCCUCAAGGAGGAGGCAGCGCGGGGGUACUUCCAGCAGCUCAUCUCCGCCAUCGACUUCUGCCACAGCCGCAGCGUCUACCACCGCGACCUCAAGCCGGAGAAUCUCCUCCUCGACGAGGAAGGCAAUCUCAAAGUCACCGAUUUCGGCCUCAGCGCCUUCUCCGACCACCUCCGCCAGGACGGCCUGCUCCACACCACGUGCGGCACGCCGGCCUACGUCGCGCCGGAGGUGAUAGGGAAGAAAGGCUACGACGGCGCCAAGGCCGAUAUCUGGUCGUGCGGCGUCAUUCUCUACGUUUUACUCGCCGGAUACCUGCCUUUUCAGGAGGAAAACAUCGUCGCCAUGUAUCGCCGGAUUUACCGAGGCGACUUCAAGUGCCCGCCGUGGUUCUCGGCGGAGGCGAGAAAGCUGAUCACGAAAAUGCUGGAUCCGAAUCCGUCGACCAGAAUAAGCAUCGCCAAAAUCAUAGAUUCGGCGUGGUUCAAAAAAUCGUCGGUGAAAAUUUAUAGAUCUAAAGAGGAGCAGGAAUUCGCGGCGGAGGAUGAGAAGAGUUUGGGGAAAGGAAAAGAGGCGCAGAGUCUAAACGCAUUCCACAUCAUAUCUCUGUCGCAGGGGUUCGAUCUGUCGGCGCUGUUCGAGGAGAAGAAGAAGAAGGAGGAGGAGAUGAGGUUUGCGACGACGACGCCGGCGAGCAGCGUGAUAUCGAAGCUGGAGGAGGUGGGGAAGAGUCGGAAUUUCAGAGUGAAGAAGAGCGAAUCGAGCGUGAGGCUGCAGGGGAUGGAGAGGGGGAGGAAGGGGAAGCUGGGGAUCGCGGCGGAUAUAUUCUCGGUGGGGGCGUCGGUGGUGGUGGUGGAGGUGAAGAAGGCGAGCGGUGAUACGUUGGAGUACAACCAGUUCUGCAGCAAAGAGCUGAGACCGGCGCUCAAGGAUAUUGUUUGGACAUUUAUCUAG